GUCCAUUUCUCUAGCAAUACCAGUAGUAUGAUCGGCCAUUGAUGAAGACCCAGAUGAUGAGAAACCUCACACUUCUUCUUCUCCUCGCAUUCGUCCUGUGUUCUUCAGUCCUCUCAUGGAAGAAGGAAGAGUUCAGGACCUGUAACCAAACCCCUUUCUGCAAGCGAGCCAGAGCUCGCAAGCCCGGCUAUUCCUCUCUCUCCGCUCGCGAAAUCCGCAUCGAAAAUGGUGACCUCAAAGCCAAGCUCAUUCCCACCCAAAAUCACGAAAACCCAGAAGAUCAACAUCACUCCAAGCCGUUGAUUCUCACUCUCUCCGUCUACCAAGACGGAAUCGUGCGGCUGAAGAUCGACGAGGACCCGAAUUUGGACCCACCCAAGAAGCGGUUUGAAGUCCCUUAUGUGAUCGUGGAGGAGUUUGAUCAGACGAAGCUCUGGCUGCAGACGCAUUCAACGGAGGCGGACCCAUCAUCAUCAUCAUCAUCAUCUUCGGUCGUUUACGUAUCCGACGGCUACGAAGCGGUUCUCCGGCACGACCCGUUCGAGGUUUAUGUCCGGGAAAAGGGAGGUAAGAGUGUGAUCUCUUUGAACUCUCAUGGGUUGUUUGACUUUGAGCAAUUGAAGGUGAAAAAACAAAAUGGCGAUGAGAAUUGGGAAGAGAGAUUUAGAGGGCAUACUGAUACUAGGCCAUUUGGGCCUCAAUCUAUUAGCUUUGAUGUGUCAUUUUACGGAGCUGAUUUUGUUUAUGGAAUUCCUGAACAUGCCACUAGUCUUGCUCUUAAGCCCACAAGGGGACCUGGUGUUGAGGAAUCUGAACCUUAUAGGUUGUUUAGUUUGGAUGUGUUUGAGUAUAUUCACGAAUCGCCUUUUGGCCUUUACGGGUCGAUCCCGUUCAUGAUUUCCCACGGGGAAAGGACUUCCGGGUUCUUUUGGUUGAACGCUGCUGAGAUGCAGAUUGAUGUUCUUGCGUCUGGAUGGGAUGCUGAGUCCGGCAUUUCCCUGCCGUCCUCGCAGAGUAGGAUGGAUACGUUUUGGAUGAGCGAGGCGGGUGUUGUGGACGCCUUUUUCUUUGUUGGUCCGGGGCCUAAAGAUGUUGUGAGGCAGUAUACUGGUGUGACUGGUAGGCCUUCAAUGCCGCAGCUAUUUGCAACUGGUUAUCACCAAUGUAGGUGGAAUUAUAGGGAUGAGGAGGAUGUGGAGAAUGUUGAUUCAAAGUUCGAUGAGCAUGAUAUUCCUUACGAUGUUUUGUGGCUCGAUAUCGACCAUACUGUUGGGAGGAGGUACUUCACGUGGGAUAGAGCUCUUUUCCCACAUCCGGAAGAGAUGCAGAGGAAGUUGUUUGCUAAGGGUAGGCACACGGUGACUAUUGUUGAUCCACAUAUCAAGCGGGACGACUCAUAUUUUUUGCACAAGGAGGCAUCUCAGAAGGGUUAUUAUGUUAAGGAUGCCAAUGGGAAUGAUUUUGACGGGUGGUGUUGGCCUGGUUCAUCUUCCUACCCGGAUGUGUUGAAUCCUGAGAUUAGGUCUUGGUGGGCCAAUAAGUUCUCUAUCAAGAAUUAUGUUGGCUCCACUCCUUUGCUGUAUGUCUGGAACGACAUGAAUGAGCCUUCUGUUUUCAAUGGUCCAGAAAUUACAAUGCCUAGAGAUGCUUUACACCACGGAGGUGUUGAGCACCGUGAGGUACAUAAUGCCUAUGGAUACUACUUUCACAUGGCCACAUCUGAUGGGCUUCUAAAGAGAGGUGAUGGGAAGGAUAGGCCUUUUGUAUUGUCGAGAGCAUUUUUUGCUGGAAGUCAACAGGUCGGAGCAGUUUGGACAGGAGACAAUACAGCUGAGUGGGAACACCUGAGGGUUUCAGUUCCUAUGAUUUUGACUCUUGGUCUUACUGGAAUGUCAUUCUCGGGUGCUGAUAUUGGUGGGUUUUUUGGUAAUCCCGAGACCGAGUUGUUAGUUCGUUGGUAUCAAAUUGGUGCCUUCUAUCCAUUCUUUAGAGCUCAUGCCCAUCAUGACACAAAAAGAAGAGAACCCUGGUUAUUCGGAGAAAGAAACACAGAGCUUAUUAGAGAUGCCAUACACAUGCGUUAUAUGUUGCUACCGUAUUUUUACACAUUAUUUAGAGAGGCAAACACGAGUGGUGUUCCAGUUGCUCGUCCAUUAUGGAUGGAAUUUCCUUCUGACAAAGCAACUUUCAGCAACGAUGAAGCUUUUAUGGUCGGGGACAGUCUCUUGGUGCAAGGAAUCUACACAGAGCGAGCAAAGUAUGUGUCCGUUUACAUGCCUGGGAAAGAGUCUUGGUAUGAUUUUAGAACUGGAGCUGUAUACAAGGGAAGUACAACCAACGAAUUGGAGGCCACUGAAGAAACUGUUCCUGCAUUCCAAAGAGCUGGAACUAUCAUUCCUAGGAAAGACAGGUUUCGUCGAAGCUCCACGCAGAUGGUGAAUGAUCCAUACACUCUGGUAAUUGCUUUGAAUAGCUCACAAAAGGCUGAAGGAGAACUGUAUAUCGAUGAUGGCAAAAGCUUCGCCUUUACACAAGGGGCCUACAUCCAUCGCCGCUUUGUAUUCGCAGAUGGCAAGCUUACAUCGCUAAAUGUGGCACCUGCUGCCCUAGGCGGAGCACAGUUUUCUUCCAAAUGUGUUAUCGAGAGAAUUGUAGUGUUAGGACACUCUGGUGUUCCGAAAAGAGCUCUCAUUGAACCAGAGGAAAAAACUGCAGAAAUUGAACUGGGGCCACUUGACCUUAAAUCAAGACGUGGCUCUGACUUCAUUACAAUCCGCAAACCUAAUUUGCCAGUCGCUGGUGAUUGGACAAUAAAAAUUUUGUAAGACCCUUUGUGAUGUCCCAUUGAGUAACUUGGAUACUCUAUUGAUAGGAGGGACUUAUCAUCAUAUUUCGGAACAUAGAGGUAGAAAUGAGUCCAUACGCAAUUUCAACUCUCGUUCUCUAUUGUUUGGAGCUUAUGAGGGUGUCACUACAUGAUUUUACUGGUUUUAGACAUGAUUUUACUGGUUUUAGGCAUAUGAAUUCCUAUAUGGCAUUUCAUAUUUACAAGUAGAAUUAAAACUUCCGAAUUCUGCC